AUGGGAAAGAAAACGAAGCAAGUAGAAGAAAUAAGGGAGGAUAGUAAAGGGGGAGAUGGCAACCCCAGAGCAUAUGAUAAUGAUACGAUGGUGUUUAUAUCCAUGUCUCAAGAAUUGAAGAAUGAGGGGAACAAGAUGUUUCAAAAGAGGGAUCUGGAAGGAGCUAUAUUAAAAUAUGAGAAAGCCCUCAAGUUGCUUCCAAGAAAUCAUAUUGAUGUGUCCUAUCUGCGGAGCAACAUGGCUGCAUGUUAUAUGCAGAUGGGAAUCAGUGAGUUGCCAAGGGCUAUUCGUGAAUGUGAUUUGGCUCUUGAAGUGACACCGAAAUAUAGUAAAGCACUGUUGAAGAGGGCAAGGUGCUAUGAGGCUUUAAAUAGGCUGGAUUUAGCUCUAAGAGAUGUCAGUACCGUUCUGAAGAUGGAGCCAAAUAAUGUCAUGGCAUUAGAGAUCUCAGAAAAGGUGAAAAAAGCACUUGAGGAGAAAGGAUUGAGGGUUAACGAUACAAUAAUUGAGUUGCCACCAAAUUAUGUUGAACCUCCUAGUGCUUUGCCUCCAGAAAAGGUAGUGAAAGAAAACAUGCGCAAGAAGAAGGGCUAUAAAGAGGAAGUGAAGGCUCCUGAUGACAAAAUUCAAGAAAGAAAAACUGAGGAGAAAUUUGAGGAGAAGAAGGCUGAGGGCAGUGUUGUGGUCGAUGAGAAGAAGAACAACACGUCCAAGAAGAAGAAGGCCAAGGAAAAAAUUGAUGAGAAGAAGGCUGACAUAAAGGAAGUUAUUGAGGAAAGAAGUAAUGGUAGAAGGGAACACGUUCCUAACAAAACAGUUAAACUUAUUUUUGGUGAUGAUAUAAGAUGUGCUGAACUACCUAUCAAUUGUAGCCUCUUCAAGUUAAGAGAAGUUAUUCAGGAUCGAUUCUCGAGCCUAGGAUCUGUUCUUGUCAAAUACAGGGACCAAGAAGGGGAUUUAGUCACAAUCACUUCUGAUGAUGAAUUAAGACUGGCUGAAACAGGAUCUAGUAGUUCUAUCCGACUGCAUAUAGUAGAAGCAACUCCUGAGCAGGAUCCACUUUUUGAGAAAUUUAAAUUGAAGGAGGCCGAGGUUGGCGUUGACAUUGCACUUGAGAAUGGUUGUGUUGGAAACGAAAAUGAAAUUGUUAGCUCUUCUUGCAUUGAGGAUUGGAUAAUUCAGUUUGCCAAAUUAUUCAAGAAGCAUGUUGGGUUUGAAUCUGACAGAUAUUUGGACUUUCAUGAACAUGGGAUGAAGCUCUAUUCUGAGGCUCUGGAGGAGACGGUUACAAGCGAAGAAGCACAAGGCCUAUUUGACAUGGCAGGAGAUAAGUUCCAAGAGAUGACUGCCCUUGCAUUGUUCAACUGGGGAAAUGUGCAUAUGUCUAGGGCAAGGAAGAAGGUAUAUAAAAAAGAAGAUUCUUCUAAAGACCAUCUAUGUGAACAGAUCAAAAGUUCAUAUAAAUGGGCACUGGAAGAAUAUUUAAAAGCAGGAGAAAAAUAUGAUGCAGCCACUAAAAUGAAGUCAGAUUUUCAUGAAGGCUUCCUGGCGCUAGGGCUGCAGCAGUUUGAGCAAGCAAAACUUUCGUGGUAUCAUGCACUCAGUAGUAAUGCAGACUUGUUGACAUGGCCUUCCAAUGAAGUUCUUCAUCUUUACAACAAUGCCGAAGAAAAUAUGGAGAAAGGAAUGCAGAUAUGGGAAGAAUCAAAAAAUCAGAACUUGAGUAAAACAUCUAAUUCACAUGAUGUUGGAUUGCAUUUGCAGAACAUGGGGUUGGGUGGGUUUUUUAAAAAUAUAUCAUUAGAUGAACUUGCAGCACAGGAGGCACAUAUGAAGUCUCAAAUAAAUCUCCUAUGGGGUACCAUGCUAUAUGAACGCUCAAUUGUGGAAUUCAAAUUAGGGCUACCUACGUGGCAUGAAACUCUAGAAGUUUCAGUUGAGAAAUUUGAACUUGCCGGAGCUUCUCCAACAGAUAUAGCUGUAAUUUUGAAGAACCACUGUUCAAAUAAUACUGCAGUAGAUGGUCUUGCCUUCAAAAUUGAUGAAAUAGUGCAGGCAUGGAAUGAGAUGUACAAAGCUAAAAAGUGGCAGAAUGGAGUUCCAUCAUUUCGGUUGGAACCCUUAUUUAGAAGGCGAGUUUCAAAAACAUAUCAUGCCUUUGAGCUUGCAUGA